CCUCCCAUGUGUGUGCGCGCGCUGUUAUCAGGGGAGGAGGAUUCUCGAGGCAAGGUUUAAGAUUUAUUCAGCACAGAGAGGAUCUCUGCAGUUCACAUAAAUAAUGGACACAGAAAACGACCAGCAAGAAGAGGAGACCUUCAGCAGCACAGAGAGCAAUGGGAAGCGCCCAGCAGAUGACACGGAUGAUGAGCCCACAUACAAACGCUCGCGUAAAUCCGAUGACAUGGUAGAGCUGCGCGUGUUGCUACAGAGCAAAAAUGCUGGGGCUGUGAUCGGAAAGGGUGGCAAGAACAUUAAGGCUCUGCGCACCGACUACAAUGCCACUGUGUCAGUCCCAGACAGCAGUGGGCCAGAGCGGAUCCUGAGCAUCAACGCGGACAUCCCGACUGUGGCUGAUAUCCUGCUGAAGAUCAUCCCUACAUUAGAGGAGUAUCAGCAUCAUAAAGGGGUGGACUUUGAUUGCGAGUUGCGGCUGCUGAUCCAUCAGAGUUUAGCAGGCAGCAUUAUUGGUGUGAAGGGGGCCAAAAUCAAAGAGCUGCGUGAGAGCACCCAGACUACCAUCAAACUGUUCCAGGAGUGCUGCCCUCAGUCAACUGACCGUGUGGUGCUGGUUGGUGGGAAAGCAGACAGGGUUGUGCAGUGUAUCAAGACUAUGCUGGAGCUCAUUGCUGAGGCGCCCAUUAAAGGCCGCGCUCAGCCGUACGAUCCAAACUUUUAUGACGAAACCUAUGACUACGGUGGCUACACUGUGAUGUAUGAAGAACGUGGGCGCCGACCAAUGGGAGGGUUUCCGUCGCGGGACCGUGGAUUUGAUCGCAUGCCCCCUCGCUCCGGCCCCCGGGCUCACCACAUGCCCCCGCGGGGGAGAGACUAUGAUGACAUGAGUCCACGCCGAGGCCCUCCUCCGCCCCAUAGAGGAGGCAGAGGAGGAGCUAGACCCCCACGCAACAUGCCAAUGGGACCUCCUCCUCAUCACCGCCGAGGUGAUGACUAUUCCUACAGCUCUCAUCGCAGUCAUUCAGACGAGAGACGACAUGGGGACAGGAGAGGAAGACCUGGGGAUCGCUACGGUGGGAGUAUGAAUGAUGGUGGUUACGACAACAGCUCAUCCUGGGAUAGCUAUCAUUCUGGUGGAAGGGGUAGCUACAGUGACAUGGGAGGUCCUGUCAUCACCACACAAGUGACUAUUCCCAAAGAUUUGGCUGGAUCCAUCAUCGGAAAGGGGGGCCAGAGGAUUAAGCAGAUCCGCCGUGAGUCUGGAGCGUCGAUCAAAAUCGACGACCCACUCCAGGGCUCUGAAGAUCGCAUCAUCACCAUCGCUGGCACACAAGACCAGAUUCAGAAUGCACAGUACCUGCUGCAGAACAGUGCGCUUCACAUCCUGGGACGCCACGACUAACACGAAUCAUCCUUCGCCUCUCUCAGGACCUGCCGCUUCACAGCACGCGUGAAACCCCGCAACAGCUUCAGCAGAUGAAUCGAUUGGAACGUUCUCUUGUUCUCUAGGAUUGAAUUGUUUUGCUUGGCUUUUUAGUUAUUUUUUUACUUCAUUGUUUUAAGCCCCAUGCUUAUGACACCUCACAGAAAAAAAGCCUGAGAUUAUGCUGUUUUGUAUUGCUUUUUUUUUUUUUUUUUUUUUCUUUCCCCCAACCGGCCUUCCCAUAUCAAUCCAGAAUGUAAACCCAUGCUUUUUUUUUUUUUUUUUUUUUUUGUUUGUUUUUUUUUUUUUUUAGAUUUUUAAUAUGUUUAUUUUCUUUUUACAAAGUUGAAGGGGGGGGGGAAACCUUCUUGUGGCUGUGUGGAGAAAAUGGUGUGUAAAUAUCCAGUCAUUUAUAUGGAAAAAGAAAAAUUGGUAUAUGAAUCUGAAAUCCCGUACUUGUUCUGUCUGUGUGUCGCUUUCUUCUGAUGAUCCAGGCAUUGCAGCAGCUCAUCUACCGGCUGCCGUGAAGUCCGGAAGACUUGGUUUAAUGUUGUGGGUUGUGUAUCGGUUUUCUCUCCCCAGUUUAUUGCUGGGUUUUAAACCUGGUAUUUAUCCAAUUUGCUCUACCUCUGAAUUUUUUUUUUUCAUAGGUCUGCCACUCUAAAUAAGACCCAAUUUUUCUUCUUUUUAAAUCGAAAAUGUGGGUGUAUGGUUGUUCUUUAGAUUGUGUUUGUGACAGAAAAGUGAAUUGGGGUUUUUUUUCCUCUUAUCUGGGUUUUUUUUUUUCUUACUCAAAUUGUCUGAGGUUCUUCACCCUGAUACAUUUGUAGACUGUCAUUUGUUGACAAUAAAAUAUAUGCCAGUUUUUAAAAA